AUGUCCAAUGGCGCCGCCAACACGGUCUCGAGCACGAAAAGAGCACAUCCCUACUUCCACUUCCUAGCGGGCUUGACCUCCGGUGUCUCCAGCGCCGUCCUCCUCCAGCCCGCCGACCUACUGAAGACCCGUGUCCAGCAGUCCCGGUCACACUCCCUCGUUCCCGUUCUCAAAUCGAUCCUCGCAGGUCCGCACCCAGUCGCGAGCCUCUGGCGAGGCACUGUACCCUCUGCACUUCGAACAGGCUUCGGCUCAGCGCUGUACUUCACGACCCUAAGUUCCCUCCGGCAGAUAUUCGCCAAUGCCUCGACAAAAUCCAUCGGCGAUGUAUUACCAGCCGCCGUUAAAAAGAGCAGCUCAGUCCUGCCCAAGUUGACCAACACACAAAACCUGAUGGCGGGCGCCAGCGCACGAGUCUUCGCAGGCUUUGUGCUGAUGCCCUUCACCGUGAUCAAAGUGCGCUACGAGUCCGACCUGUACGCCUACAAAUCAAUCGCGUCCGCUUCACGAUCCAUCUACGCAUCCGAAGGUCUGAGGGGCUUCUUCUCCGGGUUCGGCGCCACGGCGGUCCGCGACGCGCCCUAUGCAGGACUCUACGUGGUCUUCUACGAGGCUUGCAAGACGCGCUUGAACAAGAUCCUGUCGAGCGAAACAGACCAAAAUCCGUCCUUCGCCUCGUCCGCAACCAUCAACGCCUCAAGCGGUGUCAUCGCGGCCGGACUGGCAACCAGCUUUACGAAUCCCUUCGACGCCGUCAAGACGAGACUACAGCUCAUGCCGAAGAAGUAUCGGAAUAUGGUGAAUGCGACGAGGAUCAUGCUCAAGGAGGACGGACUCAAGAGCUUUUUUGACGGCCUUGCGCUAAGGAUGGGCAGGAAGGCACUGAGUUCGGCGCUGGCCUGGACCGUCUAUGAAGAACUGAUCAGCCGCGCUGAGCGGGUUGUCAUGACACAAGACCAGGAAAAGGCCGUGCUAUAA